AGUUUUGUUGACCAUCGUGCAAGUUGUUUGUUAUUUGUGCCGACAAAACUCCAACAGAAUCUAAUCAUUCCUAUAAUUCAAUUUUAAAACAGUAAUUUCUAUUAAAAAGCUUUUAAAUUCAAACAAUUCUAUUACUUCCUUGUGUUGUUAAAUUGCACUAAGUUAAAAGAUGUCAAGUCCUGCUAGAACUCCAGGAAGAAGUGGCAAUCGUGGCCAAAGAACUCCAACAAGAAGACCUUCUGCCCAAGAUGCCGAGACACCAAUGCGAAUGGGAGCUCGAGCUGUGGCUUCAGACAAUGUCAGUCUACCACCAACAUCCCCAGGAGGCUUAAGUGUCCCACCAACAAGCCCUGCUCGUGCAGCACCCAUUAAUAUGAGUGAAAUCGACCUAAGUUCACCUUUGAACUAUGGUACUCCAAGUUCAAUGGGAUCGAUAAGAACUCCUCGAUCCGGAAUACGUGGAACUCCAGUGCGUGCUCGGCCCGAUAUCCGCACUGACAAACGCAUGAGGCAAGUUGCAGUUGGCGGCGAGGCGCUUGAACCAAUUCCCGAGCAACAAUCGGAAACAUCUGAAGCAUCGACGGGUCCACAAUUGGUGAUUUGGGGAACAAAUGUUGUUGUGAGUCAAUGUAAGACAAAAUUCAAGAACUUUCUUCUGCGGUACAUCGAUCCAGAUGCAGAACAAGAUGAAAUUUCCGAAAACAUCGAUGUGAAUGAGCCGUUGUACUUGCAAAAGCUUGAAGAAAUUCACACUCUCGAAGAACCUUAUCUCAAUGUCAAUUGUUCACAUUUGAAGACUUUUGAUGAGAACUUAUAUCGACAAUUGAUAUGCUAUCCACAAGAAGUUAUCCCAACAUUUGAUAUGGCAGUGAAUGAGAUGUUCUUCGAAAAAUAUCCGGCUGCCAUUUUGGAACAUCAAAUUCAAGUGCGUCCAUUUAAUGCAGAGAAAACACGCAGUAUGCGCGCUCUAAAUCCUGAGGAUAUUGAUCAGUUGAUUAGUAUAUCGGGAAUGGUCAUUCGAUCAUCGAAUAUUGUGCCAGAAAUGCGGGAAGCAUUUUUCAAAUGCAUCAUCUGUUCAUUUUACACAACUGUUGAAAUCGAUCGUGGUCGUAUAGCUGAACCAACUCUGUGUACCAACUGUAAUACAAACCACUGCUUCCAGUUGAUACACAACCGAUCACAAUUCACAGAUAAACAAUUGAUCAAACUGCAGGAGUCACCAGAUGAUAUGGCUGCUGGUCAGACGCCACACAAUGUGCUCCUGUUUGCCCACAAUGACUUGGUGGAUAAAGUUCAAGCCGGUGAUCGUGUGACUGUUACUGGAAUUUAUCGUGCAAUGCCCAUGCAAGAGAGUAAUAGGGCUAGAAAUGUAAAGAGUGUCUACAAGACACACGUAGAUGUGGUGCAUUUCAGGAAAGUUGAUAAUAAACGAUUGUAUGAAGAGGAAGAUGGAAAAGAUCACAUCUUCCCACCAGAGCGUAUUGAGUUAUUAAGAACGCUUUCACAAAAGCCUGAUGUUUAUGAUCGUCUUGCAAGAGCCUUAGCUCCAUCAAUCUAUGAGAAUGCUGAUAUUAAAAAGGGAAUAUUAUUACAGUUGUUUGGUGGAACUAAGAAGAAGCACGUAACUGCUGGAAGACAAAAUUUCAGGUCGGAAAUACAUAUCCUCUUGUGUGGUGACCCUGGUACAUCCAAGUCUCAACUUUUACAGUAUGUUUUCAAUUUGGUGCCAAGGUCCCAAUACACUUCAGGUCGUGGUUCUUCAGCUGUGGGUCUGACUGCUUAUGUAACAAAAGAUCCCGAAACAAGACAAUUGGUUUUGCAAACUGGUGCAUUGGUCUUGGCUGACAAUGGUAUAUGUUGCAUUGAUGAAUUCGACAAAAUGAACGACUCCACUCGUAGUGUUCUGCACGAAGUUAUGGAACAACAGACCCUCAGUAUAGCUAAAGCUGGAAUCAUUUGUCAAUUGAACGCACGAACUUCAAUACUGGCUGCCGCAAAUCCUGCCGAAUCACAGUGGAAUAAAAAUAAGAACAUUAUUGACAAUGUACAAUUGCCACAUACUCUGCUGUCAAGAUUCGAUUUGAUUUUCUUAGUUUUGGAUCCACAAGAUGAAGUAUUUGAUCGUCGUUUGGCAUCGCAUUUGGUUUCGUUGUAUUAUGUUUCAAGACAAGAAGAAGAGGAUACCAUGUUUGAUAUGAGUGUCUUACGUGACUAUAUUGCUUAUGCUCGUGAACAUGUUGCUCCAACAAUUUCAGAAGAAGCCCAACAACGUUUAAUUCAAGCUUACGUCGAUAUGCGUAAAGUUGGUGCUGGACGUGGUCAAAUAUCUGCCUAUCCCCGACAGUUGGAGAGUUUGAUUCGUUUAUCUGAAGCUCAUGCUAAAGUUAGAUUGGGCUCUGAAGUAACUGUUGUGGAUGUUGAAGAAGCCUGGAGAUUGCAUCGUGAGGCACUUAAACAAUCAGCAACAGAUCCACUCUCUGGUAAGAUUGAUGUGGGUAUUCUUACCACUGGAUUGUCUACUGCAGCCCGUAGGAAGCGUGCUGAACUUGUUGCAAGUAUUAAGGAUAAUUUGAAGAAGAGAGUUAAAGUGCCAACAAUUCCAUAUCAGAAAUUGUUCAAUGAGAUUCGUGAGGCCUCACAAAUUCUCAUUACUCGAGAACAAUUCGAAGAUGCUCUGAAAGAAAUUCAAGAUGAAGGAAUAGUUGUUGUUAUGGGAAAGAACACAAUAAGGGUCUGCUAAAAUAUUCCCAUUUUUAAAAGGUCCUUAUGUUAAUUCUAUUACCAAUUAUUUGUUCAUGUUAUAACUUUUAGUUUCUUUUUUUAUUUGUAUGCACUUCAAAAAUAAAUAAUAAACAGACAACAUAAGUUUUUCUUUGAUUACUUGGAUGAUACAUAAAAGUAAAAAAAAUCAA